GUGUUUGCAUUUCAUGCCAAAUGCGUAGAGUCUAUGAGUAUUAUUACCUUUUCUAUGAGUCUAUGAGUAUUAUUAUUAAUGCAAGUUUUGGUGCAGUAUUAGUAACCAUUAUAUUAUUAUUACAAUCGAGAGUGUGUUUCCAGUAAUUAACGGCUUAUUAAUGAUUGGUUUCAUUGAUAGUCACAUACAAUAUGUUAGACAAUAAAUGCAUUCACUAGUUGUGGUCAUCAGUGGUCAGUCAUUGACGCCAAUCACCCCGAUCACCGCACUCACCCUGGUCAGGGCAGCCCAUAAGUCAUGUCACUGUCGCCCUCCAUCUACGGCUCGCUGACGAGGUAUGGGUCGUGGAUGCGGACCCUCGUGUGGUGUCUGUCACUGGUGUCUGUGGACAUAGUAUUAAUCGUACCAUUGUUUCUGAAACUCAGGAAACUGUUCAAAGUCUGGAAUGAUAGGGCAGAGCUGCCACACAAACAACUGGUCCGUUCACUGCCGUACGUGUUUCACGACAUGGAUGUCUAUCCCUCCCGUUCCCAAAUCCAUGAGAUGAUACACUGCGCUAAUGACUGUUCGCGACGAAAAAACGGCGAUUACUUAACUUUCGGUGAAUUCUGUGUUUACGCCUCUGAACUCGCGACCAACUACGAGGAGAACACCUGUCACCCGACGCCACUCUCCAAAUGUGAUAUCCCGGAGCACAGGAAAGUCACUCUCCACUCACAGCACAACCAGUCAUCGCUGGCCAUCAAACCCAUGGACUCCAAGUUUGAAGUCUUUUUGGGCGGUUCUUGUAAUCCAACGACUUGGAGGACAGACAUCGCUAUACCUAUUCUUAAGAGUUUAGGCAUUACUUACUAUAAUCCGCAAGUGGCCAUUUGGAGACCAGAGCUCAUAGAGUUGGAGUGGAGUGCCAAACAGAAUGCGGACGUAUUAUUCUUUGUGAUCGAUAACCAGACCCGGGCUAUCGUAUCGAUGAUUGAGUCGGCCUUCAUAUGCGGCUCUCAACGCAACUUAAUUCUAGUAUUCACUGAAACGGCAGGACCCGGAGCUUUCAUGAACGGGGAGGCCAUCUCUGAAAAGGAGUAUAAAGACCUGCAACAAAGCCAGUCAUACCUCCAGGACUUAGUGGAACGGCAGGGGAUCCCGAUCUUCGACCAGUUGCCGGUGGCGCUCGCCUGUGUCAACCGGAUUCUGCGCGAAGGUAUCCGUCCGCAAGACCUGUCCCGCGAGGACAACGCGAUGCCCGUCCGCAUGGCUCACAUCCAAUUGGGCGACAAAUUGAUUCGUUUGCGGGAAGUGUUUGAUUCGCUCGACAACGACAACACCGGCGAAAUCAGUUUAACUGAUCUGCGGCUGGCCUUCCGUAUGGUAACGGGCCGUGAGUUGACGAACAAUAACUUGCGACAGAUAGCCAUCGGACGCUACGGCAUUGACGGCAUUGAGUGCGAUGCCGAGUAUAAGACAAUUAAUUUGGACGACAUUACCAUCAACUUCGAGGAGUUCUGCUGUAUUGUCACUGAAUUUAAAUCUCAAAUCACAGCGAAUGAAAAGUUGGCUCAACUGUUGACUAAGAAGUUGGUGUUUUUAGUCGACCCCAUUCAGAGACUCUUCAAUUGGCUUUUGAAACCCGUGAGAAACGCACUGAACUGUCCUCCCAGUCCACAGCAUAUUCCAUAUGAUCAUCAAUACCGCGACAUCUACUUAGGCGGCGAUACUUAUCCAAACACUUGGAGAGAAGACAUCGCCGUUCCUUUACUUAAAAAACAUGGUUUAACUUAUUUUUCAUCUCAAAGUAAUGCCUGGAGUGGGGAGCGGAUCAUCCCUAUAGAAGCGGCAGCUAUUGAAAGGAGUCGGGUUUUAUUGUUCACGAUAUCCAACUCUACCCGAGCCCUGUCUGCUAUGAUUUUGGCUGCUUAUUAUGUGGGACUGGGAUGUAAUGUUGUUCUUUGUAUUCAAAACUUAGAAGCCGAGUGUGUUAUCAACGAUGAGAAAUUGACGGCAACUGCAAUAAAAGACUAUAACAGAGGCCGCGCCUAUCUGUCAGACAUGACCACAAGAGUGGGUCUUCCAGUUUUCGAGGAUAUCAAAGAAGCGGUCGAGUGUUGUAUUAAGAAAUGCAUUUCCAAUAACAAUAACAUCACAUUAAGUCAAUUUAGCGGCGAUUAGUUGUUAAACAAACGCAC